GCAACCAUGUCUGGUCGCGGAAAGGGUGGAAAAGGCCUUGGUAAGGGAGGCGCCAAGCGCCACCGCAAGGUGCUGCGCGACAACAUCCAGGGCAUCACCAAGCCCGCCAUCCGGCGCCUGGCCCGCCGCGGCGGUGUCAAGCGCAUCUCCGGCCUCAUCUACGAGGAGACCCGCGGGGUGCUCAAGGUCUUCCUGGAGAACGUGAUCCGGGACGCCGUCACCUACACGGAGCACGCCAAGCGCAAGACGGUCACGGCCAUGGACGUGGUCUACGCGCUCAAGCGCCAGGGCCGCACCCUCUACGGCUUCGGCGGCUGAGUCAACGUCCUCACAAUCCUAAAUUAUCCUCCAA